AGUGAUACGAGGAUGAUAUCCUCGGGGCAGAACCGUCUCGUCGCAUUCGGUAUCGUGCUGCACGCGUUGCUCGUCUAUGCGUUGUUCGAUGUUCAUUUUACGAGUCCUCUUGUGCAUGGCAUCGAACCUGUGACGGCCGCCUUCGCGGGCCCGGCGUCGCGCUUAGUGGUUAUUGUCGCAGAUGGACUCCGCGCCGAUCGGCUAUUUGAAUUGGAAGGUCGUGACGGCAGGGAAACCGGAGCCCCGAGGGGCGAGAAGGUUCCAAGGGCUCCGUUCCUCCACGCGAUUGCACGCGAGAGUGGACGCUGGGGCGUCAGCCACGCGAGGCCCCCGACGGAGUCUCGACCCGGGCACGUCGCACUACUCGCUGGUUUUUGGGAGGAUCCCAGCGCUAUAACAAAGGGGUGGCAGGCGAAUGCGGUGGAGUUCGACCAUCUCCUCAACCAGUCAUUGGCGGCGUGGGCAAUAGGAGCUCCAUCGGUCGUGCCCCUCUUCUCGAAAGGUAUCCCGCACGUGCGCAGCCGAAUGUACGCGGAGGAGCUCGAGGACUUCGCUGCCUCGAGCAAUCACGCCGCCCUCGACGAGUGGGUGUUCGAUCGGGCCAUCGAAGUGCUCGUUGGUAAUAUCACGGAAGAUGAGCAGCGGGCGGGUGCUACUUUGGAGACGGAGCGAAGUGCACUAGAGGGCGACAAGGUGGUGUUUCUGCUGCACCUCCUCGGGCUGGACAGCGCGGGGCACGCACACAAGCCAAGCGGAGAAGGGUACGCCGAAAACAUCAGGGUUGUUGACGCAGGUGUUCGAAGACUCGCCGCAGCGUUCGAGGAGCGGUUCGGCCCGGAGGAUGGGGGUACGGCGUUCCUGUUCACAGCUGACCAUGGCAUGAGCAACAGGGGUGCGCACGGCGACGGGGACCCCGGAUGCACAGAAACCCCCUUCGUCGCCUGGGGCGCGGGUAUCGCGUCCACGGCUUCCAGAACCCCUGUUGAUAUUGCGUGUGUGCCACGGGGAAAGGAUGCGCCGACCCCGGAGGCAGAGUGGGGUCUCAAAGAUGAGGAGCGGUGCGACAUUGAACAAGCCGACGUGGCCUCUUUGGGUGCAUCCUUGCUCGGCAUCCCUCCACCCAUACAUAAUUCGGGCGUGCUCCCCGUGUCGUACUUGAGCCCAAGGCGUUCGGAUUUGCGCUCGGGCGCUGCCGUCUCGAAUGCUGCACAGCUUUUGUCGGUGUAUCGGAGGAAGUCAGCCAUUACUGCUGAGUCCUCACUAACCGCGUACCUCUCGCCAAGUGGGUUGCAAGCAUACAAACCUCUGGCACUCGCCAAGGACAGACUAAGUGAUGCUGUGUCAGCGCGCCAAAGCGGGCAUCACAACGAUGCGAUUGAUAUGGCACAGAGACUGGCUCGUGAAUGCCUCGACGGCAUUACAUACCUCCACCUGUACGAUCGCUGGCUGCUGAUGGGAACCAUCACUGCUUGUUUCUUGGCGUGGAUAGUUUUCCUCGGGUCCAAGCUAGUUCUUGAGCAACUGGAUACAACUGCACGGGAUCAAGGCAAUGGUAUCGACGCGGACAAAGUACAUUCGAUGGUCGCUUUCGCAGCGGCGGGCGUAGUUUGCGUUGUAUUGGCGUUGAGGAGAUCGCCAGUGACGUACUAUGCCUACUUCAAUCUGCCUUUGUACUUCGUGUGGUAUUCAUCGGCGGUGUUCUCAAAAAUUUCUCUGAAGACGAGUGCACAUACAAGAAUGGGUUUGUAUCAGGCUUCUCGAGCGUUCGCUACUAUCGCUGUCGCUGUCGCGGCGACGCAGCUUUUGUGUCGCGGUUUUCACGAGCGAAUCGUGUUCUCUUGGAUGUUUGUUGCCGCUUCUGGCGUUCUAUUGCUGCUUUCAGGAUGGGUAGGGGCGAGAAGUUGGAUGCCCGAAAUUUCUCGAGAUCAACGACAUGUGGUGAUGAGUGCUUCAGCUGCGUCUGCGAUUGCUGCCCUGGCUUUCGCAGCACUCGCUCCCUUCACUACAUUUCCUAUUGAGCUAAAUGCUGACUCAAAUCUCGUGAUCGCUGCAGCGGUGUACGCAUUGUUUUCUAUCUCGUAUGAGAGUUUGUUCUAUGCCGUGCUUGGGGUCGCAACGCUCGCCUGGCUGUGCUUAGAGCGAUGCAUGCAAAAGCUGUAUGCAAUGAAUCAGAUAGAUUACAGAGGAAAGAAAGGCGAACUAACGUUCAUGUCUGUGUCGCAUCUGCGCAAAUUGGAACCAGGGGACAUAAGGCACGCUGCUAUAUUUCUCGUUCUCAUCAACGCAGCUUUCUUUGGGACUGGUAACAUCGCUAGCGUCGCAUCAUUCGAGAUCAGCAGCGUGUAUAGGUUUACCACCCGCUUCAACCCUUUUUUAAUGGGUGGCCUCUUGAUGCUCAAGGUACUGAUUCCGAUGAUAACUGUCGCUGUCGCAUUCUUAGCUCUUCUGAAGCUUCAGAGAGUGCCGGCAUUUCCUGUAUACCUGGUGUUUGUCGUGCUAUCCGAUCUAAUGGCGGCGCGUUUCUUCUAUCAGGUCACCACGGAGGGCAGCUGGCAAGAUAUCGGCAUGAGUAUCAGCAGAUACGCACUGAUGGGCACUCAAAUUGUGUUGAUUCAGGUAUUCCUUGGUCUCGCAGACUUGUACACUCACUGCCUUUCUAUCAACGGCGUCGCAGCGAAGGCGAAGAUGCAAUGA